AUGUCGCGCGACGCGGCGGCCUUGGAGCUCCGGAGCGCCGCUGAUACGCUGUUGCGUUUCAUCGCCAUACCGCCGCCUGAUAGCGCGUAUCCUCGGACGCUUGCCGAUGUGCAACUCGAGGAGACGCUGAGGUUCUAUACUGAACUUGCAAGCUAUGGAUUUAGCGCGCGUAUAGCGAGCACAGCGCAAGAACCUGUCGGUCAACUAGCGAACUAUAUGUCCUCGCCGACUACCCCCACCGGCGCGCGCGCGGCAUAUGCGACGUCGAUCGAGCGCUGGAUCAUCUGCGCUAUUGAUCCACAUGCUGCCAGCCCGCCGCAUGGCAUUCGAUGGAGUCAGAUUGUUGCGUGGGGAUGGGCGGAUGAGUUGAAGGCGCCGGGCCGGACUAUGGCAGGCGAGGACACGGUAGACGAUGGGACUUGGGCGGCGCUCUUUGCUGCGCAUGCGGCGUAUAUGGAGGGCACCAGAAUCAAUGGCGAGCGGGGAGGCGUAGAUGAGAGGCGCAAUGCGCUCGAGGGCGCGGAUGGGAAAGGGCGAGCUUUGAAGGCCGUGUGGAUGCAUCACCCCCGAGUUCCUGACGACCUUUCGUCUCCAUCGGCUAUCUGGGCCCGCCCAGGGCCUCAUGGAACGAUGAACGUACUCACGCCGUUUAUCGUUCCAGACCUUGUCAACGGGUCGAGCAAUGAAGAGGAGAGCGAGGAAGCAGACGGAGAGACGAUUACCGCGCCGCUUUCGCCUACGCCUCGGUCGAUCAAGAUGGUACGGCACAGAUGCUAUCUGCGCCUUGGACGCUCAGUCGUCGUGGAGCUUCCGCUGCACUUUCAUUGUGUCGCGAUCGGCCUCUCCUACCUCUCGAGCACCUUCUUCGCUUCGGCACCCCACCCGUUUUUACGCCGGGCGGUCUCCCACGCGAGUGGGAUACAGGCGCAGGCGAACCCGAGCUUGUGCGCGUCGCUUUGCUUCUCGCCCGUGUGGUGCGCGGGGCGCUCGUCAGCAAUGGACUGGGCACUUGCGAUAAGCCGUGCGGAGGUGGUCCGAGGGUUUAUGAGGGUCUUCAUGCUUGCACAUGGGACCAAGGGAGGUGUGCCGGUUGAAGAGGGAGGCGACGGCGAGGUAUUCCGAGAUGCGGUCGUUACGCGGCUAAUGGAAGAGCUACUGCGCCGUAUAUGCUCGAACGAUCUUUAA